AUGGGAACUAUGCUAAGAAAAAAUCUAUAUGCUUUACAUUCGAGUCGAACACUAGUUCUGAUAAUAUUGCAUGCUUUUGGAGGUGAAUAUACCUUUACGACUGUUUGGCUGAACCAGGAAAUGAGACCAUAUUUGUUGAGGUACCCAGCCAUUGCAAUAAGUGCAGCAAACCAAGUAAGGGUGUCCCAAGCAACAGAUUCGGAAAGACAUUCUUUCCAUGUGACCACACCACUUAUAAGGAGAACGGACAAUCCAAGAAUGGCUGCUAUUAGAUACAACAAAACCGGGACCACGAUCAAAGACACAAGUCCCGGCACAACUGCAGCCUUAGCCCAAUCCACCCAUCCAAUUGGCAUAUUUAUGGUGCUCAAUGUCAAAUUAGCCGCCAAGGGAUUAGCGGCCAUAGCCGUCAAGAACAUUGAAGACGAGAUCACGGACGUUUGGAAGCAAGUUAGCAUCAGCCAGGAGCCCAGCCUGUUUUCUGUCCCGUCCCCAACGUUACUACCACAGGCAACACAGAGGGAUUUCACCAGCGGUAGGAAAAUUCCGCCGGCUCUGGCGGAGACUGAAGGGAUGGCCGGCGCCAGAAGGGCCUCGCUGAAAACGAGACUCCCGGUUUUGAUAAACCCCCGCGCGAAAAAGAAGGCGAGCGCGAUUAGCCAGGGGAUCGGGUCCCCAAAGGCGGAGAAAGCGGCGGCGAAAGUUAGGGUUUUGGUGAGGACGCACGCGCCGAGGCCGAGAAGGGCAACGGCGCCGAGCGGCAGCGGCUGGGUGAUGAUCCCGACGAUGGUGGCCAGGAAGAUGGCGAGCAGCUGCCAGGCGACGCGGGAGACGCCGUCAGGGGCGGGCACGAACCAGAGGAUGACCCCCGUCGCGAUUGAGGCCGGAGCCGCCGCCGCCGAGGCCGAGGCGGCUGUGGUCGAUCGGCGAUUCGGGGAGGCGCCGGAGAGAAGUUUUUGUCUAAGGGAAAGGAAAGCAGCAGCAUUCCCUCCACGUGGGUUGUCGGAGUUUCUGAGGCUGUUGUUGGCCAGGCAUCGGAAUCUAGGGGUGAAGUGGAAGGAUUUGGGGGCGGCGGGUGGCCGCCGGGGAUUUGGGGAGGAUAGCGGGCGGAAUCGGAGGUUAACGGAGGGGGCGAGGGCCAAAAACGCCAUCGUUUUGAUGGCGGUUGGAGGUGGUAAAGGGGCGGAGUUCAACUGUAAGAGAAAGAGUGGAAUUAGGAGAGUCCAGUUGGGUGAGGAGCUGAUUGAGUGUUAA